AUGCCAACAGGUGUUGGCCCUCUGGAAAUCAAGUACAUAUCGCUCAUUGGCGAGAGGCACAGCGGGACAACGUGGAUGGUGAAGUUCUUGCAAGACUACUUUCGAGAUAAGGACAUCACGGUCACCGCGACGCUUUGCACGUGGAAGCACUGGUUUCAAGAUCGCAUCUACCAAGAUAUCCACGACGGCAAAAGGCCGUGCAGAGAAGGGCAGCAGUGCCCCGCGUGCAAGGACAUCAACCACACCCUGGUGGUCGCGAUGUGGCGGAACCCCUACGACUGGAUCAGCGGGAUGCACAAGAUCCCAUGGCACGCUCAGGCGCAUGCUAGCAUUCCGGACAUGAGCAAGUUUAUGACGAUGCCAUGGAUUAUGGGCGCCGAGGUUCGUGAUCAUCGCAGAGCACGUAGACAUAUUCGCAAGCCCAGGGGCAAAGUCCAUACGUCGGUUGGGGCGCAACACGACACGCCGCUGAGGUCCUUGCCACUCCACAGGAGUGGCACCGCCAAGCAUCAGACUUUCUCAUUCCGUCUCACCCGCAUUCUGUGGAGGUUCGCCAUACCAACGCCAUAGAAGAGUCGUGGUAGCCGAUGGUCGCAUGCGGACGAGAUACCCAAUGUCCUGCGUCGACAAAUUGAAAUCGAUUCACGCUUGCUACGGCCAGGUCAGCACUGGCCACAGCAGUUGUCCUUCGAAGUGUGUUCGUCCCAAUGUCUUGAAACGCACCGUCACCCGUGUCGCCGACGCCAUUGGUAUAAUUGGUAUCCGCUGUUCCUCGUGUUUUUUUCCGUUCCAUGGCCGUCCCGCACCCCGACAGCAAGAGAAGCACGCCAGGAAGGAGGCGCUCAUCAGGGCCAAAGACGAGACGGCACAUGUCGAUGGGGGACAACAUGAAUGGUCGUUGCUGGUUUUCUACCCUCCAAAUUCAAUGCUCAUGUUCACUACACUACCGGUUCGAGUACUCCUUACUCGCGCUCUCGCUACCUUUUAAUGCUUUUCAAACUCCUCCUCUAUUCUGCCGAGCUUUUAUUGCGCAUUUUGAAUUCGGUGCACAUCGGCAUCCGCGUCGCACCUUCACUUGCUCUUAUCUUUGCCCGCACCUUCUUCGAGGUACCCACGUAGAUACAUUUUCAUUGUCGAAUAGGCGAACAAAACUGACCCUCGCGGCGAAACGGCAAGCUUUUGCUGCUGUGCACAAGUCACGGGAGAUCCGGGGUCACGACUCAGUACGGAGAUGCAACCUUUCGAUCAUCUCGUGUAGAGAAGCCCUCUUGCCUUGCAUCGACAACUUUUUGCCGUGGGAGGUACUUCCCUGUCGGCCAGGAGACGAGUCCGCCAUCUAUGAGUUGGACCCGGGCGGAGAGGCGUACGGGAACAUCUAUGAGCUGCGGAAGGCCAAAAUCCUAGAUUUUGACGCCGUCAAGAUGUGGGCGCCGUUUUAUGAGAAGAUUCUUUACGAGGACAUGCUCGCCAAGGACGGGCUGAAAAUGUGGCUCAUGUCGCUAGAUACACUGUGAGCUAAGAUGAGGCAAACCUCAGGGGUUCGGUGUGGCCUUGGCCAGUAGUGGGAGCGUCCCACAAGCAAGGGUUGCAGUCGAUAUUCUGUGAUCACCGCUGCUGUAUCCCCUGCGAUUCCCAAGGCAAGACCUGUUUGACACGAAGACAUUCCUGCCGACCCCCCGCAGCACUUGGUUUAGAGAUUUCCGUAGGAACUUUCUCCCGCCGUUCGUCCAGCGAACUCCAGGACCAUUGUGCUCUUGACAUCAGCUGCUACACUGCUACAACUUGUGGUGACUCUCUUGGACUCUAGGUACGGCUUGGGUGGGAACUACAAGAGCGUGCCGGACAGUGCUCUGGCGGCCAAGAUGGAAUCGUCUCGAAAACAGAUGUACUAUUUGAACAGUCAGCACUGUGCACCGCACUGUAAGAUGGGAGGUGUGGCGGGAAGAAGCGCUUUGGAGACGAUGAACCGACUGUGGGACGAGGAGCUUGAGAAAGACCUCGGUUACCACCAAGUGCGAUAGCACAGCGGCCUGAAGCUGCUGCCAGCCGAAGCCGAACUGUUCGCGGACUACGGAUGGCUUUGUGGCAUGCUUGGAAUGUUUUCUACAACAUGGAAGCUCCAUCGGCCAGCUUGAAGUCUACAACUUCGAGCUAGGAAUUUUGAGGACCAAGGGCCAAAGGUGCGGUGUCACCAGUUGGAAGGUGCUCGGAAUAUGUGGGACAAGGGGCUUGGGCGAGGCGUCUAAGGCCACCCGCUACCAAGCGCGAUAACCCAUCUCAGAGGCGUUAUGCAGGUUGCGUGGCCUGCUGCAUGUUUUUUCCGACGCGAGGGGAUCAAAGUAUUUCGAGAAGCCAUACUUCCCUCCCAACAUAGAGAAACGCGGGGUGGCUCACGACAUGCUCAUCGUUCCAGGUUUGCUGCCCUGUAGCCUAGGGUUCGCAGAUGCGUGAUGUACACAGUGAUGCACGUGAGUGGUUUACCUCGUUUGGUGGUGUACAUGGGCUGUUUGUGCUGAGUUUAGCAACGUCGCGACUCCUCGUCUUGAGUAUUGAGGGAUGGUGAUUUUGUACGUAUUGGUGUCACACGUAGAAAAUUUAUCUAGUCAUGAUGUGAUGGUGUCUUCAACUUGUUGUCACUGCUUGAUUUUCAUUUCUAAGACCGGCACGGUCUCUAGAGGUUUCACCGCUCCCUAAGACAAAAGUGAAUG